AUGGAGGCGAGAGUGGAUAGAUCUGACAUUUCGUGUUUGAUCAGCGUUCAGGAUUUCAAAACUAGAGUUACACAGUCCGUGUCGCCUCGGGAUUACGAGAGGACAAAGCAGACACUAGAUGAUGACGAAUUAACGGAAGAAAUGGGCAUUCCUAAGGAGACGGUGGCCGAGCUCCGUGAUGUUUGUAGUCCACACCAUCUAGAGGGUCUUGCCGAACCUAAAGAUCUUGACUCAGUAGACAUUGCCAAAAAGAUUCCUGAAGGUGUUGAACUGAAAACUCUACGACUUCUAAAGGAAAGAAGAGGCCAUAUCACCCAUUUCAGGAAACCCGUGAAUUACCUUCUUAAGGAGGUGGGCACAGAGAAAUGUUCUUUGCCGGAAUUUCAGCCUAUCCCAGACCCAGAAGUUGUCCUUUCAGUGGCCGUCUACCAUCCAAAGAAGCCGAAAAAGGUGCAGGAAUUUCUAGUUCUCGGAGAGCAGAAACUCACCACGCUUCGUGAUAAGAUCUACUGCAAUAGUGACCACAUUGUUCCUGGAGACCACAGCGAGAACCCUGAUCUGUCAUGCCAUGCAACCGCAAGGGAUAUCUGCAAGUCAGGGUUUUUCUUCAUAGAAGAGGUUUUUUAUAAUGACAUGCGGGAUCCUUCAUGCAAAGAUUAUAGUGCGCUUAUCAAGGAUUGGUCAAAAGAAAAUGGAGUUGGUAUUUUCACGUCACAAAAAAUGGAGACCAAGAGAUUUGAUGAGCUGGUGGUUAGGCUUGGUUAUCCAUAUGUCUAUUGUCACCAAGGAGACUGUGAACAUCUCAUCAUCUUCACUGAUCUUAGACCUUUAUCUCUUUCCAAGCUUCCCAUCGGGCCUUUCCGAGUCCCAUUGUGCCCUUCAGUGCCCAACUCUAGUUUUCUGAGGCAGCCAAGAGCAACCUGUUUGCUUCGCGCGAGCCCAUCUCUCUUGUCAUUCUUGUAAUAACCCAUCCCAUUCCCAAUAUCGAAUAUGACGUUCGCCGUAAUGGGUUUCUCGUCACAAUUACUUGAUCCACCAUCUUCACGUAAAGUUUUGCUCGUAGCUUGUCUAAUAGAUUGUGCUCUCGGCUUCUUAUCAGGACCUCUAGAGUUCUCCAUCAACCUCACUGAACUACAUGGCUGACAUUCCUUCGUGCUAUCAACAUCGCCCUUGUCUUUGAUGUCUAUCUCAAAGCAUUCUUCUGGAAUCGUUUCAAAGGUUCUCGACUCGUAAACGCUAUCCUUUCUCAACGCCUUUCUUUUAUCUUCUAAGUUUUUCUUCAUUUCAACUUUGCCAUGCACCUGAUCUUUGAAGGAAUUAUGCUUAGCAUUACUGUCUCUUGGGACGGCCCCUCGAAGUUUGCUGGUGGUUUCAACGUAGGGUGGAAACAAAUGUCUUGAGCUCUUAGCCUGAUCACCAGUCUUGCUUUCAUUAGAAGGGGAACUUCGUUGCGUUCGUAAAUAAUGACUAACAGCAUCGUCAUUUCGUCUUCGCGGUAAAAUCGGCGUAUCUUUUCUUACUUUAACCCCAUCUGUUGACUCAUUCUCUGUUUUUUCCCUUUUUCUUAAAAAAUGCCGUAUCCUGUCGAGACUUUUCGACCUUUCCAUUUUCGGUGAGCCAACAAUUGACGACUUCGAGCUCGGGUAAGAGGUCUUCGUGCUUCGCUCGGAGAUGUUCGGAGAGCUCGGCGUACUGUCGGUGUUUUUCGACGAAUCUUCGCGUCCUCGUAUGCAGUAUAUGCGGUCCGUGAUCCGUUCGGCAAGGUGAUGCGUGACAAUCAGCGUGUGAUUUUCUUCCUUCUUUGUAGUUUCAAGGCGCCGUAAAAUAACAACUGGAGUCUGAAAUGAAGAAAAAUUGCAUUUCAAUUUGUUUUUUAUCUUUUUUACUUUUAUUAUAAAAAAAAUUUCUAGGUUAGAAUCGUUUUUAUUUGUUUAGUUUUGUGCUACCACACUCUUUUAUUUUCGAUACUUUGACGAGCCUUUGAUUUCUCGUUUUACACUCCGAAAGUCGAGCCUUUUCUUCUGUACCUUUGGCGGGUUUUCUCGCGGUUUUCGUCUGCUCGCUUUUCCUAACUCUCCCUUUCCAUUUCCACCCAUCUCAGUCGUUCUGGUCGCGUCUCCUCUCACUUGCGGUCGUUCUGUAGCUUUUUCGUGCAGCGACGAAUACCGCAGCUUAGCCACUCGUGGGAAUUGCUUCGAGGAUUUCUCUCUAUGAUCUUUUGUGUUGAUUGUAGCACUCUUUGUGGGCCCGAACCUACGAACUGUGAUGCUUGUCAUAGUCUUUUUUUCGUGGACAGACACAGAAAUUUCAUCGCUUGUUAACGCAUUCUCCCCUUCUUUUUCCUUUGAAUCCAUAGUGUUUCUUUUUCUUGAUUAUAUCUCCAUCUCAGCUCAAAAAUUGAAGAUAUUUUCAAGGAUUCAAUGUAAACUUGUUUUCGCACGCUCCCCCGAAGACUUUAGAUUCUUCCUUUUUUAAUAAAAACCCAUUCGAAUUACUUAAAAGCAUUUUAUCGCUUCAGUCGACAUAUCUCUGUGUGAUUUCAGUGCAAACAAUAGACUGUUAUAGUACUAAGAUACUGAUAUAUUCCCCAAACAUGUUUUAUUAAUUCUAAGUUCGUUAGAUUUGUCCUAAAUUACAAACAUCUAAAGUGGUACUAACCGCAGCCGCAGAUAGCAGUGCUUUAUUCGAUGCUCUACAUGUUUGAAUUUCACGGUUGUUGCUAUUGUAAUCGCACUUUCUUAUCAAAUUAUUACCUAAUAUUUUUUUAGAGAUCUGACUCGCUCUAUCUGAUUCAUGCAACAAGCCAUUAUCGCGGUAUAUGAAAGCAAACGUCAUGAUGAGUGGAAACGUUCCACCGUUCUAGCUGCAAAUCUUGUGCACCUUAUUUUUAUUAUAAAAAAAAAUUAGAAGAACGUCCAGUCCGAGUUUAUUUUAUAGAUGGGAAUGAUUACGAUUGGGAUCUCCAAUUCCUGAUAUCUUUGUUUUUUUUUUUUUUUGGCCCUGUCAAGUGGUUGUGCAUGUGCAAAAGUCGUGGGUACUGUUCAAGAGAAUAUAUGGAGUAACGAAGAAUCGUUGCAUCAGUACGGCUUCUCGGUCCUUGCAAAACUCCAAUACUGUCAUGCUUGCUGUGUAAGCUACAGCUACCAAAAGACUAUAGAUCGUCUAUUUUGUGUUGAAGCUGGACAUUUAUAUUUUGAGAUAUGCCAUUGGAUGCGGACUGAUGUUACAUUACAUUUACCACCAUAUUAAGUCUAGAGAUUAUUUUACUGGGAAUAGACGAAACCAGCCAAAUAACGAAAAAUUUUAUUCUGUUACUAUUUCAAUAUUUACUUUACAAAAAAAAAGGAUUCUAAUAAGAGACCGCCCUUAAUGUAUUUUCUCAAUUUUCUGAUCCACUACGAAAAAAUCUAGAAAACAAUAGCCAAAAUGCAGGGAAAGCUAAAUACACAUCUUAAAAAAUGGGGGGACUUAAUCGAGCCAUUAUAGGUCACUUACUCAAUGUUUAGGGCGUGACCACGCUUAGUACUUCCUAGUGCUACCACGAGGUUGUACGUCAUAUUUUUUUCUGUGAUAUUCUUAGUUUAUUAUUUGACAAUAAGUAAUGUACGUAACUGAGUGUAGUGUUAAUUGUGUGUAGGUAAUUGUGUAAAGGAACCUGCGAAUAAAUAGUUGAAUGAGAGGCCAAUACAAAAAAAAUAGCUCUACUCUCUAAGAAUUUAAGCACCGCCCGGCACUUUUACAAAAUAUAUAUGGCUGUAUAAAA